AUGUCUGUCCAGUCCAAGCCCGUAAAACUAUCGCCCUUUGGCGCUGCACUGGCAGGAGCUCUAGGAGGAUGCUUCAGUACAGCUGUUGUAUAUCCUCUGGAUGUGGUCAAGACACGCAUUCAGGCUCUACCGAAGGGCAAGUCCAAGGAUGACCAGUCGAUGAUGGGCGUCUUGCUACACAUACUCAAGAAAGAGGGGGUACUGGGAUUGUACAGAGGUUUCGCCGCAACGAUGUUGAAUACAUUUUCUAUGCAAUACGCCUAUUUCUUCUUCUACUCUAUGGUUCGAACCUCUUAUAUGAACCGACUUGCGAAAAGGCUUCCCCGGGGAUCCAAGGCGCCUCAAAUCGGCACCGUCAUGGAGUUGGUCCUCGGUGCUAUUGCCGGUGCCCUUGCGCAAAUCUUCACCAUUCCUGUCUCAGUCAUUGCAACACGGCAGCAAGUUGGUCGGACAAAGAGGCAAACCCCUACUUCCUCAUCGACAUAUUUGUCAUCACCACCCGAAGACGACUCGUUCUUUGGUGUCGCUCGUGAAAUUGUCGAAGAGGAAGGCAUUGGUGGCCUGUGGCUAGGAAUCAAGCCUGGCCUGAUCCUCACAGUCAAUCCUGCCAUCACUUAUGGUGCAUUUGAACGAGUCAAGAGUAUCGUCGUGUUGGCCAAGGGCACGGCCUCCAUGUCACCAGGACUAUCAUUUAUUGUCGGUGCGCUCAGCAAAACCCUCGCAACUAUCGUAACCUACCCUUAUAUCAUGGCCAAGGUCCGGAUACAAGCUCGGAGUGCAGAUGUUGAGGAUGCUGCAGUGAAACACCACGAACUUCCUCAUGCUCACGAGUAUCACCACAAGCAAUACAAACAUCCGGGCGCUCUUGACAUACUACUACGGGUUUGGCAGAAAGAAGGGUUCGUUGGAUGGUAUCAGGGCAUGCAAGCGCAAAUUAUAAAGGCCGUCUUAUCCCAGGCCCUUCUUUUCAUGUCAAAAGACCAGUUUGAGAAAUACACCUUUGUGCUGAUGCUUGUGUGGAAUCGCAUCACGGCGGCUAUCUCAGAUAUUGCAUAA